GCUGCCCUCCAGCGCGCUGCCUCGAAAGUUCGACGCGGACUGGGUGCUGCCACAGUCUGAGGGGCAGCAGGCUGCGAAGGCGGCCGCGAGCCUGCUGGUGUGCCGCCGGCUGCGCCUGCAGAUGCUGCGGCCCCCUCCCCCGGCGCCCACCACCCCGGCGUCUGGCAGCGGCGCCCGGCCCGCUGCACCCAGCGGCGACGCGGCCGAGGAGCGGAGCCCGAUGCACGUGGCCGAGGAGGCGCUGGACGGCUACAGGGAGGGUCAGACCUUCGAGCUGGACAGGCUGGACAGGAUCGUCUGCGGCGUCGUGACGCCCCACGGCCGCCACACGCGCUACUUUGUCCUGCACAAGUACGUGCUGCUGCUCGUGCAGCCGGACCUCUGCAGCCCCGGCAAGGUGUCGAUAAGGACGCUGGUGCCCCUGCGCUGCGUGACGCUGGAAGCCCCCAGCGCGGACCCGCGCACGCUGCGGCUGGGCGUCUGGCUGCCCCGCGGCUCCGCGAAGCCGGGCGAGGCCAGCGCCGCUGACGAGGACGAGCCCUCGGACACCUCGGAGGCGCGGCGCGCGCUGCUCCUCGUGGCCGCGGAGGACCAGCGCGAAAAGCAGACCCUGUUCAUACUGACUCUCAGCUUCGAGGAGACGUGAAGCGGACCAAGCAGGCUAUUGACCAUUUGCAGAAUCGCCGCAAUGAUGUGAGGGCGCAGCUGCUGGAGCGAAUAUCAAUAUUCGUAGAAGGGCUCUGCACCUGACAUGCGGUGCGUCGCAGGCAUGGUUUCACUGGUGUUCGCAGUUUCCGCUGGCUUUCUAUAUCAGCUCGUGUCUUUGAUUAUUCAACCGUUGCAGGGCAUUUUCCGAGCAGCGCCAGCGGAUACCAUUCGGCGCAUUGUUUGUUUCAUCAUACUCUUCUCCGCCCCAAC